AUGGCGCAUAGAGUUGAUCAGGAAUACGAUUAUUUGUUUAAGAUCGUGCUGAUUGGCGAUUCCGGUGUUGGGAAAUCGAACAUCUUGUCGAGAUUCACCAGAAAUGAGUUUUGCUUGGAGUCCAAAUCCACUAUCGGUGUCGAAUUCGCCACCAGAACUACUCAGGUGGAAGGAAAAACGAUCAAGGCACAGAUUUGGGACACUGCAGGUCAAGAGAGGUACAGGGCCAUCACCAGCGCAUAUUACAGAGGCGCAGUGGGUGCGCUUCUUGUCUACGACAUCACCAAGAGACAGACCUUUGACAAUGUCUUGAGGUGGCUGCGCGAGCUCAGAGACCAUGCAGAUUCCAACAUUGUGAUCAUGAUGGCUGGGAACAAAUCCGAUCUGAACCACCUGAGAUCCGUUGCUGAGGAAGAUGGUCAGAGUUUGGCCGAGAAGGAAGGUCUCUCUUUCUUGGAGACAUCUGCUCUUGAAUCAACAAACGUCGAGAAAGCGUUUCAGACAAUCUUAGGAGAGAUCUACCAUAUCAUAAGCAAAAAGGCACUGGCUGCACAAGAAGCUGCAGCAGCUAAUUCCGCGAUUCCUGGACAAGGAACUACGAUCAACGUCGAUGACACAUCUGGAGGCGCUAAACGAGCAUGUUGCUCUACCUAA